AUGGAGAAUAUUCGGCGGGCUUUCUCCAUAGCUAAAAAGGAGACUCGGGCGGCCGGGAUCGCUUUCACAAUGGCGAACUACCCCGUCAUAAGCGAGGGCAUUGAUGUUCUCCUGGGAAUGCAAUUAGGAGGGAUUGAUAUUAUCGAGCUGGGUAUUCCAUUCAGCGAUCCGGUUGGUGAUGGCCCUAUAAUCCAAGACGCACACGCUGUCGCCUUGCGAAAUGGUACUUCUGUCUCCACAGUUUUAGAAGUAGUUCAGACCGCUCGAACUCGAGGAUUGCACAUUCCAAUUGUGCUUAUGGGCUACUGCACUCCUGUCAUACACUAUGGGGCACCAAAAUUCAUUUUGGAGGCAGCACGGGCAGGAGUUGAUGGGUUUCUGAUUGCCGACCUUCCUUGCAAGGAAUCUGUGGGAUUUCGUGAGUUAUGUGUGAAAGCUGGAUUAUCGUACAUUCCGGUCAUAGCACCCAAUAUGUCAGACUCAGGCCUUCAAAUGGCUUGUGAAACUGCUGAUUCUUAUCUUUACGGGAUCUCGAGAAUGGGUGUGACUGGUCCCAAUGGAGAAAGAAACAGCGCCGAGCUUUGUCAGUUCAUACAGCGAUUGCGAAAGUUCUCCAAAGAUACUCCGCUUGCCCUAGGACUCGGAGUUAGCACAAGAGACGAUUUUCUAACAAUGCAAGAUCUUGCUGAAGGGGUGGUGUUUGGCUCCCAAGUCAUUGCUGUUCUCGGUCAGGCACCGCCAGGUCAACGAGCACAGCGGAUCCAAGAAUUUUGUUCCCACCUCACUGGCCGACUCUGUGUUAAGGCAGUUUUCGAGAGGAUACCACCUGAGCCAAGGGCAAAUGUUCCUCUUCUAGCGGGUCAUUCCACAGCCAGAAACACUGUUCUUCCAAGUACGUUUGACGAUUACGGGGGGCAAUACAUCCCAGAAUUGCUCAUGGACUGCCUAAUGGACCUAGAACAAAUCUUUGUGGAUUCUUACAAGGAUACUGGGUUUUGGACAAAAUAUUGGGCUCACUUCCCACGAGGCCAAAGUCCAACUUCUCUUCAAAUGGCGAGUAAUCUUACGCGGAAACAUGGCGGUGCAAGCAUCUGGCUUAAACGAGAAAACCUCAAACACACAGGAAGCCACAAAGUACAUAAUAGCCUUGGCCAAGUUUUACUGGCAAAGAUGCUUGGGAAGACUCAUGUUCUGGCCGAAUCCGCGUCAGGAAAUCAUGGUGUCGUGACAGCAGCUCUGUGUGGUCAGUUCGACAUGGAAUGUGUUGUCUACAUGGGUGCUCGGGAUUAUCGCCAGCAAAAGAAAAAGGUGUCGGAAAUGAAGCUCUUGGGGGCCACCGUAGUGUGUGUGGGCUCUGAUUCAGAAACAGUCAAGGAUGCCAUCAAUGAAGCAUUACGGGCGUGGAUUGGUAAAUUACCAACGACUCACUAUGUUAUUGGUUCUGCAAUCGGACCACAUCCUUUCCCACUCAUUGUUCGCUCUUUCCAGUCCCUGGUGGGAGAGGAGGCAAGAGCACAAAUAAUAGAGGCUACAUCCCAUCCUCCAGAUGUGGUGGUUUCGAGCGUGGACAACGCGGUUGGCUUCUUUCAUCCCUUCUCCAAAGACGCUAGCAUCAAUCUUGUAGCCGUCGAGCCUGAAGGUUGUUUGUCGGGCACUACAGGAGAUGCUUCUUCGGUGACCCGAGGCAUCUACCAUGGAGCGCGGACAUAUGUACAUCAAGACGACAAUGGCCAAAUUCUACCGUGGCAAUCAAUGCCAGGGCGACUUGCCUACCCGGCUCUCGGGCCUGAGCUGAGUAGCUGGAAGGAUAGCGGCAGAGUACAGUUCAUGGCUUGCACUGAUACGGAUAAAAUGCUUGGUCUGCAGGAACUUGUAGAGACAGAGGGGAUCCAUCUUGAAGCAGAGUAUGGCUAUGCAGUACAUGCUGCGAUAGAGCUUGCCAGGACUAUGGAAAGCGGGACCAAUAUUUUGUUGUGUGCGACGGAAAAAGACGCCAACAUGGAUUUUGAACUGACACUGUGA